AUGGAAACGGAACUAUUCAUCAAGAGUAGGGGAACGGUGGCAUCUUUAACAUCGAUGUGGAAUAGUAUAGCGGCUAAUAAUGAUCACAUUGUUAUUCCGCCAAAAUCUACAACAAAACCAAAACUAAUCAAACAGGUAGCCACAAUUGAUGUUAACAAUAGUACUACUGAUAAACCGAUAAUGGUAAAAAAUGAUCAAUCAAAUGUAUCUAUAUCAUUAAAAACGGAUCAUUUAACAGUACCAUCGCACCCCAUCAUGCCGGAACAAUCGAUUCAGAUGUUUGUUAAAAAAGGGCAAGUUUAUGAAGAUAAUAUUAUUAGACCAAGCUUUAUUCGAGAAGUAUCAAGAAAGAUUUUAAAGUCGGAUAACAUUGUUAGAGAAGUUAUUCAUGAACCGAAAGCUGUCGAACAAGAAAUGAAAAUAAUUAGUACACUAACUCAUGAAGAAGACAAUCCUGUUGCAAAGGACGAUGAUAACGCUGUCGUUAUGACUCAAGAAGAAACACCACCAUCACCCUCGGAUCAAUUCUUGAGACAGCCGGCUCAAUCAGCAGAAUUAAUCAGACAAAUUUUUAAAAUCAAAUCUAUAGACAAAAAACCAGUGGAAGUUGACAACGAAACGUCCAGAUUACCCGAUCAUGGUAAACAACAUCAAAAACCAGCCAUUCACGUAUGGAACGUUACACGUGCCGUGUUUCGUAGCGGUCUGGUAUUGAGCUCAACACGUCGUGCAUCUGAUAGCGUCAUUCCCAUGAUGAAAACCCAUUUGUUAAUUGGUGAUAAAGCACGACGACAACGACAAAAACUCUCCCAAUUAGGAAACAGUUUUGAAGAGCCACUACCAUUUGAAACAUUUGUCAAUUAUUUAUCGUAUUCUCCAGAAAAAUCAAAUGGGAUCAACACUCUUGAGCAAGAAAAUACUAUGCAUCAAAUUUUGAAACGUUCAACGUCGGCCAUGGAUCCAGUAUCAAUAUCUGAUUCGAUUAAAAAUUAUGAGAUUAUUAUGCGAAAUUUAAGAAAUUAUGAAAAAUUUUGUUUAGUAUAUAAUGUUACGAAACGAGAUGAGAAAGAAAACAACAGAGAAAGUAGUGAUGAAGGUGAAGAAAUAAAUGUUGAGAAACUAUAUCAAUCUUUUUCUCACAUAAAACAUUGGAAUUUAUUUAAUAAUGGUAAGAAAUUUAAUACAAUCCAUGUUCAACUGCCAGAAAAAAUCAAUAAAGAUAGAUCAGAAGAAAAUAAUACUGAAAGUCAAAGUCUUAGUAUCAAUAAUAAUGUUAAUGAUAAGACAGAAAAAAAGCAUACCCGUAUUAAGUCAAAAUCAUUGGCAAAUAUUUAUUCAGGAUCAACAGUUAAAGAUUUGAUCAUGAAUGAUAAUAACAAUAAUACGCCGACGACUACAAAUUUAAAACGUACUGCUAAUGUAUCAUCACAAACAGAUAUUAGUAUUUGUGGUAAAAAUGCAGAUGACAGCGUUUUACAGGCAACAUCGGUAACAUCAACAACAGCUGCUGAAGAAAAAGCUAUUCAUGCUUUAGAUGAAGUUUUAACACAAUAUAGUUCUCCUCCUACACCGGAUGUUACUGUUAUUGUUGCUGGUGAUGUACCUUCUGUGAAUGAACAACAUCUAACAACACCAACUAUAGACACAACAGAGAAUAAUGUCACAACACAAAAUUUUGAACGUAAACAGUCAACAGCUAGCAACAGAGAUAUUACAGUCAUUAAUAAUCAAGUGAAUAAACGAGAAGAUUAUGCAUGCUCGAUGACAAAAUUUGAUCGACAAGGUUAUAAACAGCGUCCCCGUCUGUUAUUUUUAACCAACGAACGUGUUUAUAAUUUAACAACAAAAGGAAGUUGUAAAGAGAUGCUCACUUUUGCACAAAUAAAGGGUAGCGUCAGCGAAGGUCAUAUUCAAAUUCGUAGUGCCGAGGUACAACAUAUUGACUCCGAUGGAAAGCAAAAUCUUUACAUUAUCUUGAUUCAAGAUCGUGAAUAUCAGUUGAAAAACUUAUCCAAGAAGUUUUUUAAUUAUCUUCUUCCAAGAGAAAUUAUCUUGGAUGAAACUGAUCGAAAAACACAAUGUGCUUACUUCGUGUCGAUGGAGGAGCUGUUAGCUCAAAUAUUGAAUAAAAAAGACACUUUAUCGGCAAUAGUUCAAAAUGUUAAUGAACAGAAUCAAAGAACGACAUCUGAUGAUGAUCUUAUGUAUUCCUUGCGUGAUGAUGCCUACUACACAUGGAAUAUGUCCUGUGUAAACUAUUACAAUAUGUUGAUGAUGAAUAAUUUUCUUCAACAAUUACCAGCAAUAACAAAUGCAUGUGUGCUAGCGGCUGUUGCCGAUGCUGCAGUGCAGACAUCUCAUAAUAUUCGUCAAAGAUCUGAUCCACUAGUGGAAAUUAGAAAUUCUCGUUUGGUACUUGCCUCGAUUUACAGACGAUUUUUUGCAGAAGUUAUUGAUUUUAUACUAUUACAUGCAUUCAAACUUCUAGUUGUUACUAUUAUAGCAAACGCAUUCCAUUUGAUUGAUGAAAAUCGUUUAACGCUAAGCUAUAUGGUCUCGUCGCUUUUAUAUGACGAUACAUUGUCAAUACCAUUUGAACUAAUUUUUUUGGAGAUUGGCUACGCAAUUACAAGUAUUGCUUUUGAAGGAAUUUGUCUAGCGAAAUAUGGUUGUACACCGGGAAAACGUUUAUUAAGAUUGAGAGUGAUCAGAUGUAACAGUAUGCAAAUUCAAGACGAUGGAAGUGUUCUUGUCGAACCUGGACUUCUAUUGAGUUAUAUUUCAGCUUUAACGCGUUCGGCGUUCAAAAGUUUAAUGUCUACAUUUUUAUUUCCUGCAGUUUUGGUGGCGUUAUUAUCAGCUCAUCGUCAAACAAGUUAUGACAUUGCGUCGAAUGCGCUGGUGGUAGAAUUAGAAAAAUGGGAAUCACCAGAAGAACAGCGACUAGCAGCCAAUAGGGUUGUACGAAAUAAUUAA